GGAAUUUCGUAAGAAGUUACGGUCACUUUUGCCGUCUCUUAACGUACCUAAAGCUGUCGAAGGCAUAGCUCGCUUCUAGGAAGUAUCAACCUUUCUGAGAAAAUCUUAAAAGAAUAGCGGCUUCGCCUCCAGAUCACAAAUAUCUUUGUAAAAUGCCGUUGUUCACUUGUAUAACGUGUCGCGUGUCCUUCGCUGAUAGCGACAUUCAACGUCGUCACUACAAAACGGAUUGGCAUCGUUAUAACCUCAAGAGAAAGGUUGCUGAAAUGCCUCCUGUAACUGCUGAAGUCUUUCAGCAAAAAGUCCUUGAGCAAAGAGCCGAAGUUGAAGCACAACAGCAGAGCAAAACAAAAACAAUGCACUGUAAACUCUGUAACAAGACGUUCUCCUCAGAGAACGCUUAUGAUAAUCAUAUAAGUUCUAAAAAGCACAAAGAACUGGAGGCGGCUAAAGUAAAAAAAGAAGGAAGCCUGAUUACCAAGGGCUUGACCAUGGAAAGUGAAGAAACUGGGUCACAAAACACUAAAUCUGAAAUUGCUGAGUCAUCAUUACAUGAUAAGGUUGAUGAUGAUAAGGUUGAUGAUGCCCAGUCUGACGACGACGACGAUGAUGAUGAUGAGAUUGAGGAAGACACACUGGAAAUAACAGAUUGUCUGUUCUGUCCACACCACAGCAUCAGCUUGGAAGAAAGCAUGAAGCACAUGACGAGGUCGCACAGCUUUUUCAUUCCAGACUUGGAGUUUGUGGUUGAUAUGAAAGGGCUUGUGACAUAUCUGUGCGAAAAAGUUGGAGUUGGUAACAUGUGCCUUUACUGUAAUGACAAAGGAAAGAACUUUUUCUCAACAGAAGCUGUUCAGAAUCACAUGGUAGACAAAGGCCACAUGAAAAUCAACUAUGAAGGCGAUGCUGUUUUGGAAUUUGCCGACUUCUAUGAUUUCAGCAGUAGUUAUCCGGAUUAUAAUCCAGAUGAAGAAAACAGUAGUGAUGAAAUCCAAGGAAAGGAAAACACUCUAACAGUGAAUGAGCAAACAUUAGAACUAUGCCUUCCAUCGGGCGCCAAAAUUGGCCAUCGCAAUAUGCGCCAUAUCUACAAGCAAAAUCUCCCCCCUGAAAGAAGUCAUCACAGUAAGGUGAUCCAAAGUAUCAUGGCAGAUUACAAAGCUCUUGGUUGGCAUGGAACUAUAGGAAGUGCGUCACGACAGAAGGUUAAAGAUGUGAGAUUGCAAAACAUGCACCAAGCAAAAAGAACAGUCGAUGUCUCAGUCAAAGCAAACAAACUCCAAAAGCAUUUUAGGUCUCAAGUACUAUUCUAGUAUUUCUUUACAUGGACAAAACAUUGUCAUGAUGGAUAUAGCUAAGGGUCUGCAACGUGUUCACUUAUUGCGUAAUUUUGGUACAUUUUGGCAUAUAGGGACAGUUGCUGUCUCUGUAAGCCAUGCUUAAGGCCGCAGAUGAUAAUUAUGAUGUUAUUAUUCAGUAGAAAGUACCACCUGCACCUCCAAGUAUAUAAAAAAAUGGCAUGCAAGUGGUAUUCACUCCCCUUUCGAGUUCAACAAAUAGUGCAGGACUGAAUAUGUUUAAAAAAUAUGCAAAGAGCAUGACAUUGCUGUAUGUGGUGGGCAUUCUGUAUGCACAUGUAAUGCAGCUUAAGAGUAAAAUUUA